AUGUGUCGAAAAAGUUACGAGGAUACGUUGGCAAGAAUCACAGCAUCGGGUGAUACAAUUGCUGCAACGUUAGCCAUUGGACGGGUAUAUGUAUGGUCGAAUGUGUCUCAGAAAGGAGUGCAAGACUCUGCUUUCAUUAUUCACUGGCACAAGGUUGCUCCUAGCAUAGCUUUGACUCAUUAUGGUGGUUUACUUUCUGCUGGAGCUGAAGGCGUUUUCUGUAAAUUCACGCUUACUGGCACGGGUCGACCGAGUAUGCUUCCGCGCCUUGCUGCUGCCGUGCGCGAUUUGGCUCUCUCUGACGAUGACAGUCACGUAGCGAUUGUACUAGAGGACAACUCAUUGCAUGUAGUUGUCACAUCAAGCGUGAAUAUACUUUCUACUUUGGAUACUGUAGCUACAUGCAAACGCUCCUUGAAUACUGUUUUCACUACAUCGACUUGUAGUGAUCCCACCGCGCCGAAUAUGUUGGUCAUGAAUGGCAAACCUGGUUCCUUGCAGUGGAUUGAUUGUGCUUCUUCAAGAACUGACCAUCAGGUGUGA